CCUGUCACGAUGCGUUUCACACUGGUAGCCCUAACGGCCUUGGUUGCUGUCGCAACCGUCAAUUGUCACUAUCUCCCAUCCUUCGGCGAGGGACCUCUCUACGAGGACAUCCAGUAUUUCACGGAUAUGAUCCCUCUGGAUGAAGUGAUGACGCUCACGCUUCAGUACGCCUCUGAGGAUGCCGAGUUCCAAGAACUUCUGAUGUACUUCGAGUCCAACGAUUUCAAGGAGUUGCUGACAGAAAUCGAAAAAAUCCCAGAGUUCCGCAACUUCGCAGCUUACCUGCAGAAGAACGGAGUGAACAUCAACAACGUGCUGAACAAAUUGAACAAACUCGCCGGCAUCCCAGCGUUCCAGCCAACCCUUCUGACGGAUCAGAAGAUCACAGGUGGAAUCAAGGGCUACUUCGACCAGGUGAAGGCGCUCGUCAACUACGACCUCUUUAUCCACGGUUACGUCUACAAGAUGAGGCACUCACCCGCGUUCCGCGACUUCGUCAGGGAACUGAAGGCCCCCAAUCACCAGAAAUUCAUCAAUACCUUGUACUCUAAUCAACGUUACCUGAAAUUCCGUAACAUGAUCAGCGUUAAGGGCAUCGACGUGGCUCUGAUCGAGGACAUCAUCUACACCGUUUUGGGCAUCGAGUUCCCCGAACUCAAGAACUCCUUCGUGGUAUUCUCUAAGGACACGGGACUUGCCAAGGAUAUCCAUGACUUCGAGGCCCUCGUCGACAAGGAAAAGAUCGUGUCGAUCAUUCUCAGGUAUUUGGACGAUGACCAAGUUCAGGUAGCGAUUAAUGACAUGUACAGCGAGGAGUUCCACGAGUUGGUGCGCCAAGUCGAGGCCUUGAAGGCGUACCAAGACCUGGUUCUGUACCUGAAAGACGCUGGUUUGGAUAUCUUUAGUUUCCUGCAGAAGGUCCACAAGAUCUUCGGUAUGGAGGACUACGUGCCACCCAAGAGAGGUUUUGCGUAUAGAACUUACGCCAAUCACGGCGGAGUGAAGGCCAUGCUGGACGAGAUCAUCGCUAUUCUUCCCAUGGAUCAGUUCAAGACCAUGUUCGACGAGAAGAUGAACAGUUCGCCAGAUUUCAAGAGCUUUAUCGAGAAACUCCGCUCACCGGACUUCCAGACCAUCGUUAAUGCUGUUUACAGUGCACCCAUCUUUCUGGAGAUGAGACAAAAGGCGCUCGACGAUGGCUUGGACCUUGCACCUGUUAAGCAGAUAUUCAAGGACAUAACUGGCGUUGAUUUGCCUACCGUUCCUUGAAUUGCGAAGCUUGUGGUAUUCAUGUACGCGAAAAUACUCAGAAAUGAUUCACAAUCGAUUUAUUUCAAUUAUUGUAUGUAAAGUUUGAUUGUUCUUAUGAUAUGUAAAAUUCGACUUUAUAGAUACUGUGUAUUUUACUUGUUGCAGGAACAAUUUGGUUCUUUUUAUGAUA